GCAAAAUUGAUUCAUACAAAUAGAAGAAAAGCAUAAAAGGAAAGAAAGUCCAUAUCAUCAAUCGGAGGCCGAAAUAGUGGUGGGACUCCGUUCUCCCAGCAGGUCGUCCAUAUCAUCAAUCGGAGGCCGAAAUAGUGGUGGGACUCCGUUCUCCCAGCAGGUCGUCCAUAGGCCGAAUCGGAUUUGUAACAGAGGAUGUGUUACGGCGGUCAACGAUUCCUGUCGAAGGACGAGUUUUCCGGCCACACGCGAGCUCGAGCAGCCACAGCUGCGGUGAAUGAAAACGCGGUAGUGGUGGACAAUCUCCGGGACCGGUUGGCAGAGACGGAGGCUCGGCUUGAGCGAGCCAGAGCUAGGGAAGCUGACCUCAGCCAGAAACUCGAGGAAAUGAAGCGUUUCGUCUGCGUCAUGGAGAUCCUUGAGAAUUACCUCAAGCGCCGAUACCAAGAACAGCAAGACCAGUUCGUUCGCCUCUACCCGUCUUCUGUGCCCUCAUGCUAGCAUUAAAACCGAAUUUUAAAUUCUGAUAUAAGCCUUGCAGUAUAGAAUUAAUAAAAGGGUUCGUUCUUUCCUUAUAUGUUGUUUCUUUUAUUCUCUCUUGUUUCGGGUUAUUCAUAGAUCCUGCCUUCUGUCGUGGGAAAUGUGUAUGAAUAGCAAUUAUGUGUGUUUUGAGUAUUCUCUUGCAUAUAGGCUGCAUCUUAUAUCAAAUAUUUAUGUGUAUUUGGCUAUAGUUCUGCUGCUGUAAGAAGUGAAAAGGAACCAAUGAAGUAUAUACUCUGAUCCUUGGGGAAGACAUGGCAUUGAAUUCACUAUUGUUAAGAGCUUUUUUUACAUUGAGUGUAGAACAUGGAACAAACUUUCCAUGCAUCCGUUUCAGAGUUCUUGAGUUAUCUAUUAGGGUUGAUUUGUUUGAAUCGACCAUCAAUGAAAGUACACAAUGAGCCUCAAGUGUUUCAUGACUUCAGCUUACAGAUAGUACUUGUGCUUUUGGAUAGAGCCAUAGUAUUGAGCUCAAGAUAGGAAGUUGCCAUUUAGAUAUUCUCAAUCCAAUACGUAUGUAAGUGAGACGGACUGACUAAUGACGAUGAUGAUUUCAUGCUUUUUAUGUAAUUGCUAUGCUGUGUCAUCUAUUAUUUUCUUUGGGUUUGUUUGGGCGAGGAAAAUCAAACAGGGGUUUGUAAUUUUAUGCAUGGAAUUAUAGCCCAAUGUCGAGCCUAGUUCAUAUGUGAGAUAACUAUUCGCUGAUUGAGAUCCACAUUUGAUUUGCUUGAAUGAAGAAAGAAGUUCUAUUAUCUUAUCGUAUGCAGCUCAUGAACAGUCGAUAGAUUGUU